UAUCGUGUGGUUCACUUUGCCAUCAAUCUCGAGACAUUCAAAUGACAAAGGCGUGGCAGCCGUGUUAGAUGAUAGGAACAAAAGGAAAUAAUUCAGGAAAUCUUUUACUGAAGAAAAGGUAUCAAAAGUGCCACGCAGUGUUUUGAACUGGUUUUUUUGCUAUGGCGGUGGCAUCAGGUGAAAAAUUGUUGUGUUUCGUUCGUGAGGUUCACGAUGGAAAAGGUCGGACGUGCAAAGGAUUUCGAAAAGGCGACGAUGGUGAAGACGGAGCUUGCUUGAUUUGUGGCGACAAGGCCACGGGCAAGCAUUAUGGAGCGUCGAGUUGUGACGGUUGUAAGGGGUUCUUUCGACGGAGCGUGAGGAAAAAUCAUGUUUACGCUUGUCGUUUUCAAAGAGCUUGUGUGAUCAACAAGGAUAAGCGGAAUCAAUGCCGCUACUGUCGGUUACGAAAAUGUUUUCGGGCCGGCAUGAAGAAAGAAGCUGUUCAAAAUGAGAGGGAUACCAUAUCAAAAAGGCCUCGUGGAGAGGACCCAGAAAACAGACAUGGCCUCACAACUGGUGUGUUAUUAUCAGCUGAGAUUUUGUCCCGACCUGCAACUUCACCUCCAGGUAGUUUACUUGGAUAUGUCUUAGAAAGUAUUUGCCUGGACAAGGAAGCAGACUAUAGCGAUAUUUGCGAGUCAAUGCGUCAACAACUUCUGGUGUUAGUGGAGUGGGCAAAACACAUACCAGCCUUCUGUGAACUGUUACUGGAUGAUCAAGUGGCCUUACUACGGGCACAUGCUUCCGAACACUUAAUACUGGGUUGUGCACGACGCUCUAUGAAUGUAAAGGAUGUUUUGUUACUCGGAAAUGACCUUGUGAUACCAAGAACAGCGGCAGACACUGAAGUACGGAGAAUAGCGAUUCGUGUCCUUGACGAGCUGGUUGAACCCAUGAAAGAAUGGAAUGUUGACGAUACUGAACAUGCUUGCCUCAAAGCUAUUGUGUUCUUUAAUCCUGAUGCAAAGGGACUGAGUGAUUCUGCGAAGAUCAAAUCAUUAAGAUUUGAAGUUCAGACCAUGCUUGAGGAUCACAUUGCCAAAGACCAGUAUGAUAGCCGCGGCAAGUUUGGGGAGCUGCUCCUAAUGCUUCCAACAAUGCAGAGCAUAGCCAAGGAGAUGAUUGAUCAAGUGCAGUUUGCGAGACUGUUUGGUGUAGUUAAGGUUGACAACCUUCUUCAGGAAAUGCUACUUGGAGGUGCCAAUAUUGCUGAACAACUUGAUGCAGCAAGCAUUGUGCCUCCAUUGGCCUCAACCCCUCCCUCUUCAACUCCAACAGCUCAGUCCCCAGUGACCACUCUUCCCUCAUCCCAUCCCGAGUUAUUCAACCCAGGUUUGACAUCGCCUGUGAAUAUACCAGGCCCCAGUGUGGCCUGUCCAAUGCAACCAGUACCUAUAGUCCAUGACAGAAAAUUUGUGGCUGGCCCCUCCACAUCUCUUCCUGGAGGUGUUGUACCAAAGACAGAGAGAUUUGAUACGUGACAGUGAUUGUGAUAGAUAAAGAGAGUGCGCAUAGCUAGGGUGUGGCUGUUGUUGAGUCGUUAGACUUAGAACAGAACCAAGUCACAGGGCACUGAAUAGAGAAUAGUCUCACAUGCUGUAGACACCAGGUUAAUGAUAGCAGGUCUCAUUUUGCAGCUCUUUCCCAGGUUGUCAUGUAAAGAUGCUCCCACGAAUGAGUACAAGCCUGUCUAACAUGUAUUGUGGUUAUGCAAGGUAUCUCUUCAUGAAUCCACAACAUCAUGAUUAAUGUAUUUACCUUCAAACAGUCAGUGCUUAAACAAUACGGGUUUCCAUGUGGAGCUGGUCACAACUGUUUACUACCAGACUGUGCUGUUCUUAUUUCACAUUUCUCUGCAAGCGGUAAACUGUUCUGGUAAAGACUUUAUCAAGUCUGCCCCUUCAUACAACUGUUUAUCAACCCCCUGCAAAACUAUAUGUACUGAUCAUAGAAACCUGGGUAAAGCAAGGAAAUUGAGUCUGCUGUAUUUUCCAAAAAGGAAUUUAAAAUAGUAGAUUCAUGUAUUAAUUAUUAACUCAUUUAAAUCACAUCUUGUACAAUGUGUGAUUUAGUUAUUUAAAUUGACCAAUGGAGAAGUCACUUCACUAAUGAUAGUGGUUUGGCUUUAGAAGGCAGUUAGAAUUUGUUACAAUAAAGUAGGAGCAAUGGACUACAGCUGAGGUAGUACGAUUUUUAGAUCCCAUUAAAAGUUCUGGUUUGGAGAGGUUAUUUUUGUAAUGAGUUAGCUCAUAGUCUGAAAAGGGGCUUUAUUAAAUACAUCGGAACUACGCCAGUAUGACUGCCUUUGGACCAUAAAAUAUUGAACUAGGGGUGGUAAGACAAAGGAGUUGUUAAAAAGAAAAUGACUAAGCAUUUUCUUUGGGCCAAAAAGAGUGCCUUUAACAGUGACAUAAGUAGAGUGGUCAUAAGGCGGAGUUCCACUUAAGCUUUAUAUGUGCAUUGUACAUUGUGUAAGGCCAGAUUUGACUUGAAGCUGGAAGUUGCAAUUUUCUACCAACAAGAGUGCAAAUAUGAACAACUUUUACUGACACUUUUCCACAGUCAUGUGCAGCUUUGCAGAUCUUUUGUUUGGUACUUCCUCUGCUGGUUCCACAAAGGAUUUGUGCAACUGGGUAACAGGAUGAUCUUGUCAUGAAGAACCAGUUAUUUUUAAGUCAAUUAAUUGUUUUAAUAGGAGGAAACACCAUUUAAUAAUGAACUCAAAGUAGAUAGCUUCUGGCUAAGGAUUAUCAAUUAUUGAUCCUUAACCUGUAGUCAUGCUUUGUGUUAUAGGAAAUAGGCCCCUUUUAUGGGAGGCAUUUUGAAUUUUUGUCCUCCUUUGUACAUAGUCAAAAAAUAUUAAACUUUAUUUUGAAUGCACUGUAUGAUAGCAGACCAAUUUAAAGGGCAAGUCAGUUAGUUUGUAAUUUUUUAAGCUUUGAUGCUUGUGGGAAUGCAUCACACUAAGGCAUCUGGCAUCACACUGAGAUAGAGCACCAAUUAAUGGUAUGAGCUUUCACCAGACUAGGAAAAAAAAGUAAGAAGUUUCCUUUCUUUGCUAUUGACCAGAAUGCAACUUCUCUUCAGAGUGCCAAGAUUACCAAGGCUAAAAUAUAAUUUGCUCACUACUGCAAUGUAGUUACGGAGAGUUGAUUAUUUUAUUGAUAGCCUUAUGAAGACAGGAAGUUCUGUUACACUCCCAAAACACUAUUUUGGGAAAUUGUUAUCAAGUAAGAAUUAAUCAUUUUUUCGCAUUUCAUGUUUACAACAUUUUCUUGUCAGUGCAGGAAAUCAAUUCAGUCUACCUUGAAGUUAUUAUUUCUAGGACUACUUAAUUGCCGAACUUACACACUUACUUUGAACAAUUUGCCUAGAGGUUUCAGUCCAGGAAAAAGAAAAGAAUUGCCAACUUAAAUAUUACUUUGGUUGGUCUUAGGAAAACCAAAUAACUAGAUUUAGAAUUCCCUAAAAAUAAUAACCUUAAGGCGUUUAUUGAAUAACUGCACUCAUCUACAUGUGCAAUCUAGGGGUAUCUUGAAUGAAUUGCUACUAGACUUCCUGUCACCUAAAACACUGGUCCAUAGAAAGAAAGCUUACUGGAUUCUAAAAUGUUUCAUUUACUUCCUAACUUGCCAAAGACGACAUGUACAUGUAUCUUGUGUCAUGAAAUAACACACUACAGGCCAUUUUCAUCAUCACACGCUAUUUCUGCGACAUUAUUUUCUAGAUUCAGGAUUGAGAGGUAUUUUUGUGCUACAUAAGGUUUAUUAAGCAGGUUAUCUUACAUAUCCAAACAUAUCUGACAGUAUUAAACAGGAAAAUAAACAGAUUUCCCCUUUUUUA